AUGAGGAUUAUGAGUGCCAGGAGCCACAGGUGGAAUACCAGAUGUUCCAAAACAGGGAGGACUGUCUGUUCCGCUCCAUCCGGUAUUUUCAGCCAGAGACGAUCAUUGAUGAGUAUGAGAAGGGCAGGGAAGAUGCACUUAUGAGACAAACACGAUACACAGAGGAGAGCAGGCGGGUGAUGGAAUUCUUCCAGCAGGUACGCCAUGACAGUCUUAAAACUCUGACUCUCACACCGGUGUCCCUGGAGGAGCAGUUUGAGAGCCGAGAGGACCGACUGUACCAUCGUUUUGUGACCUUUGACCCUCGCACCCGUGCCCUCAACAAGUGGUCCAUCACCGAUGGCACCAUCCGUCGAACUGUUACUAAAAUUAUCGAGAAGUUCCAUCGCAACGAAGAGCUUGUGGCGGACAGAGACAUUGCAAGACGAGAGUUCGACAUAACAAACGAAGAGAUUAAUAUCAACUACCCACUACGCAGAGGGGAAAAUCACAGCAGGGACACGGUGGACACAGCCGCUCCUCCCCAGAAGAAGGUUGAACUCUUCUGGCUGCUGGAGGCUUGUCUCAAAGCAGAACGUGAUGCUCUCAAGCACAUUCGUGACAUGGAAGAUGAGUUUGGCACUGGAAACUGCUGA